CCAUCGGAAAGUCACUUUCCGUUGGACUGUUCCCCAGGACGGUCGCGUCUUUUCGGAGCUAUUCCGCGCGCGGGCCAACCAUCACCGGGUUGAAGUGUGUCUCUGUGAGAAUAAGAAGUGCCUUCCUACGGACAAGAAGAACUGCCGCGCCAUAGAACUUUGUGUGUUAGUUAAGAGCGGCUCCAGGCUGGACCAUUAUCAUCCGAGCGAGUGUACUACUCAAAGUGAAAUUCAAUCUUCGAUCGCAUUUCGGAGUUGCGCUUCGCCCGCGAAAGAACGACUUCCCAGGAAACCGAAGUGGAGUUAACGGCUUCUCGAGUGGUUUUAUAGGUGGCACAAAUGAAGUGUUGAUAUACAAGCGGAUAUAAAGUUGAAGUGGUCUGUGAUGUUCAAAGGAAUUUCAGUAUUCGGAUGAUCGUUUCAUCCGUUUCGUGGCCAGUGAGAGAUAUGUAAUAGCGGCAGAAUACAGAAGCUGUAAUAACCACAAAAAGAUGAAUGUUACAUAACAGUAUAUGGGGAUGCAUGCCUAAUAAAAUAGUGAACCAAGUGAUACAACUCUAUAUUGAAGUGCACUGUUCGAAAACGGAAGCAGAAAAAGUGUUUCGUUCAAUUUGUUCUGACUGCUGCAACGGUCGGAGAGAACGGUGCAUACAAUGCAGCCCGUCAAAUGGGCCCUUCUCGUCACGCUGUGCGUAACGGUCAAAGGAGCAGAAAUCAGAAAUGCAAAAACGUUAGACGAUACUUUAGAUUCUUCUGUAACCACAUUAGCAAUAGAUGAUAGUCCACUAAGUAGAGCUAAGCGCAACGGAAAUUUUCGCGGAUCAUUCCGUGGACAAACCCAAUCUCAGUACUUACACUUCGGCGAAAAUCAGGACGGCAAGGCAGAAGCCGAAGCAACACAACAUGGAUCCAGAGCGGUAGUAGUUGGCUCAAACGGUAUGGGACAGGCACAGAGCCAGUCAAUGGGAGGUGACUGUGGGUCAUGCGAUGGAAGUAGUACUUACUUGUACGAUUCGCGACCGGAUCCUUUGCGAGUUCCAGAUGGCGACAGAUUGCGACUGCCAGAUGGAUACGAUUAUCGAGUUCCUGGCACGGAUGGUACUGGAGCAGGACCCGGGCAGCGUCCUGGAGCUGUGGACACUGGCUUUAGACCGGGUUCUGACAGUUUUGGACAUUUUGGACAGCCUGGUGUAUUAAGACCCGGUGAUACAGGUCGACCGGGAGAAGUUGGUGUAGAUGCGUAUGGCAGACCGAUUGGCGGAAGACCCGGUGAAGAUGCACAAGGAAGACCAGGACGUCCAGUUGAUUCGGGUGCAGGUGCUGGAGUGGACGCUUAUGGUAGACCGAUCGGCAUUAAACCAGGAGACGAUUCCUACGGACGACCAGGAGUAUCUCUAAGACCUGUCGAUUCCGGUACGGGAGCAGGUGUUGAUGCAUAUGGAAGACCCAUUAGUGGAAGACCCAGUGACGAUGGGUAUGGAAGACCAGGAGUCCCAGGACGACCUGUAGAUAUCAGCACAGGGCCUGGAGUAGAUGCUUAUGGGAGGCCAAUCAUCGCUCGACCCGGUGACGAAACCUAUGGAAGACCAGGAGUACCUUCCCGACCAAGUGACGCUGGGACAGGUGCCGGUGUAGACGCAUAUGGUAGACCUAUAACUGGACGACCCGGCGAUGAAUUAGCUGGAAGACCCGGUGUUGAUGUCGCUGUAAAACCAGGAGUCGAUUCUUUUGGAAGACCAAUUGGGCCUGAUGGCAGACCAAUUGUUUCAGAUGGAAGACCAGUAGGACCUGAUGGAAGGCCAAUCGGACCCGAUGGACGACCCAUUGGUCCAGAUGGGAGGCCACUUGGUCCAGAUGGGAGACCUCUUGGUCCAGAUGGAAGGCCACUUGGUCCAGAUGGAAGGCCAAUCGGACCCAAUGGAAGACCCCUUGGUCCAGAUGGGAGGCCACUUGGUCCAGAUGGUAGACCUCUUGGUCCAGAUGGGAGACCACUUGGUCCCGAUGGGAGACCACUUGGUCCAGAUGGGAGACCACUAGGACCAGAUGGAAGACCACUUGGUCCAGAUGGAAGGCCAGUCGGACCCGAUGGAAGACCCCUUGGUCCAGAUGGGAGGCCACUUGGUCCAGAUGGAAGACCAAUUGGACCCAAUGGGAGACCACUUGGUCCCGAUGGGAGACCUCUUGGUCCAGAUGGAAGACCAGUUAGACCAGAUGAACGACCACUUGGGCCGGAUGGGCGACCACUUGGACCAGAUGGAAGGCCACUUGGCCCGGAUGGGCGACCUCUAGGGCCAGAUGGGAGACCUCUUGGGCCAGAUGGGAGACCUCUUGGGCCUGAUGGUAGACCACUUGGACCAGACGGAAGACCACUUGGACCAGACGGAAGACCACUUGGACCAGACGGAAGACCACUUGGACCAGACGGAAGACCAGUAGGGCCUAGUCCUGGAUAUAUUCCAGGUGGACAAGUAACAUACCCAACUCCUGGCACUCAGCCAGGCACUCUGCAUCCUGGAGACACAGGAUAUCAUGGACCACAACCACAUGUUAUUGGACCAUCGCUAACUUCUAUUGGGUCUUCGGAUACAAGAGGUGUUUAUCACACGGGAGCACAUUCGGUAACUCUUCCCGGACAUGACCACACUGUUGUUAAUCCUACUGGUGGACUAACUGUUUUGGUGGGAACUGGGAGCCCUAAGCAAACAGUUAUUGGAUCUGAUAGUCGCUUAGAUGGACAUGGGCCAGUGAAAAUACUAUCAGGACCGGCCGAUGCUAGCGGACCACCCAAACAAACAGUUUACGCUCAUCCUGGCGGUGUUACUGUUUUGGUAGGAACAGGAGGACCUCAUCAAACUGUUCAUCAUUUGCCAGUAGCUAGUGGUGGUUAUGGCCAUGGAGCUACCGGUGCCGGUGUUACUACAGGGCCUCAUCCACAACAUACUGGUGCUGGUCAAUACCCAGCUGGAACGGGUCAGACGAGCACCAGCGGACAGGUAUCGAUAACUGGACAACCAGGAGUAGGAAUUAGUCAGUUUCCCGGUGGCCAACCUGGAGCAGGUGCUUCAUUACCCGGAUAUUACCCAGGAGGCCAACAUCCAGGUGGAUUAGCAACAGGGCAGUAUCCUGUUGCUCCGGGGGCACAAUUACCUGGUGGUGCUGGUGUUGGACAAUAUCCUACUGGAACAGGUACAGGAUAUUAUCCGGGAGCAGGACAACAACCAGCAUACUAUCCGGGAGGAACAGCUGCUGGACAAUUACCUGGUCAGUAUCCAUCAGGUCAGUACAUUCCUGGUACUAGCACUGGACAACUUCAAAGUGGUACAGGAGCAGGUGUAUAUCCAGGCACCGGAGGACAGUAUCCAUCUGGCGGAUCAGGGGUAGGGCAGUAUCCAAGCGGUGCACUUUAUCCAGGAGGAGCAAGUGGAUCAGGUGUUGGCCAAUAUCCAAGUGGCGGUACUGGACAAUAUCCUGGAGGACAGUUUCCAGGAACAACAGGUACGGGAGUCGGCCAAUAUCCAGGAGGAGGUGCAGCAACCGGUACAACAACAUAUCCCGGUUCUGGACAAUUACCUGGAGGAGCAGGAACCGGAGCUGGUCAAUAUCCAGGAGGCACCGGAGCUGGUCAGUACCCGGGAGGAGCUGGGGCAGGUACCGCAGCUGGGCAAUACCCGGGAGUUUCCGGAACUGGACAAUAUCCAGGAGGAACAGGGGCAGGCUCCGGAGCUGGACAAUAUCCGAGUGGAACCGGAGCUGGACAAUAUCCGGGUGGAGCGGGAGUUGGACAAUAUCCGGGCGGAACCGGAGCUGGACAAUAUCCGGGCGGAACCGGAGCUGGACAAUAUCCGGGAGGAGCCGGAGCUGGACAAUAUCCGGGUGGAACCGGAGCUGGACAAUAUCCGGGUGGAACCGGAGCUGGACAAUACCCUGGUGGAGCUGGAGCUGGACAAUAUCCGGGUGGGACCGGUACAGGACAAUAUCCGGGUGGAACCGGAGCUGGACAGUAUCCGGGGGUGACAGGACCAGGUAGUGGAGCUGGGCAAUAUCCAGCAGGAACCGGAGCUGGUACUGGGCAAUAUCCUGGAGGCAGCGGCAGUACAGUAGCAGGACAAUAUCCCGGAGGAUCGGGAACAAGUCAGUACCCCGGCGGAGGGGUAGCAACUGGAAGUGGUCAAUAUCCAGGAGGAGGUACGGGUGCUGGUGUUGGAGGAGCUGGAUAUUAUCCAGGGCAAUACCCAGGCUCCGGUACAACUGCAGGUCAAUAUCCAGGAGGAGCAGGUACUGGGACAGGCACAGGUGGGGUUCAAUAUCCGGGAAGUGGAACCGGGCAAUUACCGGGAGGUGCCGGAACCGGUGUUGGACAAUAUCCAGGAAGCGGUGCUGGAACCGGUGUUGGACAAUAUCCAGGAGGAGGUGCUGGAACCGGUGUUGGACAAUAUCCGGGAGGAGGUGCCGGAUCCGGUGUUGGACAAUAUCCGGGAGGAGGUGCCGGAUCCGGUGUUGGACAAUAUCCAGGAGGUACAGACGCUGGCACAGGUCAAUAUCCAGGAACUGGUCAAUACCCUGGAGCCACUGGUGGAGGGGCAGUACAUUAUCCAGGAGUAGCGGGUACCGGAACAAGCCAGUAUCCAGGCGGUGCUGGAGCAGGGCAGUAUCCAGGAGGAACUGCAACAGGGUACCCUAGUGGGCAGUACCCUGCAACAGUUGAUCAGUAUCCUGUUACAAUUCCUCAAGGAGGAGCUCCUGGAACUGAAACCACGGGUGUUGGACCGGCAAAUAUUCAGGUAGCAGAAGGAGAAGACGACGCAUUUUCUCAGGCAGAAUCGUCCGUCAAGGAUGGUGAAGCUAUGGCCAGUGCACAAGGACGAAAGAAUGGAGGUACCGCACAAACUCAAGUAUCAGGAACGUAUAAUGCCGGAGGGUCAUUUAGCGCUAGUGCGCAAACGAGCGAUAGUGACAGGUCGGCGCAGGCACAAGUUUCAGGCGGCAAAGAUGGUGCGUUGAGUUCUGCUCAAGGUGCGGGAGGGGUAGGGAAAUCUCAAUCCCAGGUUCAAGUGAACUCAAAGACUGGUGGAACAUCUGCCACUUCGCAAAGCGGUGGACUUGGCCAUGAAAGUCAGUCGGAGGUUGUAGCAAACGAAAAAGGUGGUUUGGCAGAUGCGCAGUCGAGUGGACCAGGCCAAACCUCAUCUCAGGCACAAAUUGGUUUCCGUCCACAAGGUGAAGAUAAUGCGCAGUUGAACAUCUUCAACGGCGGGGGACAAGCUUCAGCCCAGUCGGGAGCACACUCCGGACAAAGUCAGUCGCAGAUCAGUGGAAAUUUCAAAUUUGGAAUAUCUUAUCAUGGAGCCGCUCAAGCUGCAUCAGGAACGAAGGAACAAGUGUCACGCUACCGAGAGAAAGGAAAACAACUAUUCCAAACGAUAAAUCUGUACGGACGGAAUAAUAACGGUGCUUCCGUGAGACGAGAAUCAGAAGGAGUAGAUGCCAAUGGAAUGAGAUUACGCACGUCACAGCAGAGCUCCGUUACUGACUUCCAAAGCCUUCCGAAACCGGACGAAGAAGUCGAAUACGAGGAAGAGGAUGAUGAGUACGAAGAGGAUGAAUAUGAAGCAACUGAAAGCACCGGUCUAAUAGGAGUAGAAGCAAAAUCCCGAAAAACUUCUAGCGAUGAUGACGAGAAGAAAACAACCAUAGUGGAACUUCCUCCACCAACAGUGCCGACUGCUCCAAUCACUACAACGACUCGUCCGAAUCGAAAUUACAACAUCAAUAAUGGAAAUGGAAAGACGUUUUCGCAGAAUACACCAUCGCAGAAGCAAGCCGCCUUCGUUCCGAAUUUGGAUAAAUACCGACUGGUUCAAACACAAAACGGAAAAACUUCCGUUCACGACGCUGCCAACGAAAAAACUCCUGAUGGAUUCAGCGACAUCCCCGGUCAAACAUCGCCCAACAUCGAUACAACAACGGCAAGCACCACCACCCUCCGGGUGACAAGCUCAACGCCCAAAUACAACACUCGCUAUCUGCCCUCGAAACAUGCAGACUCCUCAGGUAACCGGAUCAACGGCUCAGGCGUUAAGCCGCCCAAUCCGGACAGCUACAUAUCGGUCACGAAGCAGGUGACCGGCAUCGACGAGAACAGCAAAGUGCCUGCCAUCCCGGGCAAGAACUACGAGUCGACCUACUACACGAAAUCGUCCACGUGUGGAUAUUUCACCUUCUCGUGCAACAUAGUCUACGGCGAAAACGGACGAAGCAAAAUUUGCAGGCCAAAACCUCCGACGAACGGAAAAUGCUAAACCAGCGCGGGAUCAGAUCAAAACAGAGCUUAUUUAACUUGCCAACACGUUCACACACAUGCACAAACAAAUGUAACUGCCAUCAAUCGUAGAAGACUUCGAUUCGAAAAACAAAACCUUUGAUAUUACUUUAAGGUGAAAGUCACUCAUUCAAUCAAACUGCCACAGCGACGUCGACGCCAAAAAUUCGCCGACACCAUAGACUUUAGUAAUAGUGCCUAUCGUCGUAAGCGAUAAGAUUUUUACCAAUAAUAAAAUACCAAAUGUUAAACCCUAGUGAUCCAAAGAUAGUUAAUAAAAAUCGUACUACUUCCAA